AUGAUCACUCUAGAUGAGAUCAUCUUCUACCAACCCGCCUCUCAACUCCCUCCCAAGCCAUCCCAACGCACUACAUUCACUCCGCCGUCAUAUGGUCUCUCAUAUGGACCGUGUAGUGCCUUGAUACCGAUUGUCUGGAGUGAUCGCGAAAGCAAUGCUGUGGUGGCCAAGAAGAGCAGUCAAGAUCUGGCUGCUGUGGAUCGCACCCGUUUCAACGAACAGUCGACACCAAAACGCAGAGAAUGGGGCGAAGAAUGUCUAGAUGGUCCUGUAGCAGCAGCAAUGCCUACAUUACAGCCUUCUAGACCAGAUAUGCGUGAAAUGCUCGUCGCCAUCGCCACACGGGCCGUAGUAAGCGGCAGAGGAAGAAUCGGUCAAUUUCGCCUGAAGAUGCUGAUAGCGACGAUCUCGACGAUCUCGAUGAUACUGAUGAUGAUGAUUACGUGGAUAUCGCUAGUAGCCCCGAUGAUAAAGAAGAAAAGUGGAACGCAUAUUCGCAAAUGUCGUCACAGUUCGCAGAAAUCUCUAUGGUCUGCACAAUAA